GAUUUCUACAUUUUCACUUGACAAUCAGCCGCACUGGAAUUUCGUAAUUGUUUGCCCGCCUCCGCGGUCACGGGAUCACGAGAGGCGCAAACAUCUUCAGCCCCCUUGCAGGACUAUUCGUUGGCGUGCGACUUGUUUCACACUCGGCAUAUCCCUGAUCCAGAAUUGAUACCUUUCUUUCUCAUCCGGCAAGCCCGUGCUAAUAGUGGGGCGAAAUAUAGAUGCUCAGAUGACGGAGUAGAUACCUAGGACCUGUCAAAUUGAAGUUUCCGCUUCUACAUCUGGGGGUGUGUCCCCUUUUCGUGGAGUCGAGGUAGAGCCACAUUUCCUAGUGUGAUCACUAGGAGAUAUAUGUAACGCCGCAGUCUGGACUCGUGCGUUACUACCAACUCUCCCACUGGCAAUUUCCGUUGUGGUCCACAGUGUUAGGAUCAGGCAACCUAUCGACGUUGAAGGUGCAUGUGAACAGACCAAGAUAUGGCUGCCCGAGCAACGGAAGACGAGCUCAACAGCGCUGCUGUUGCAGCAUUGCCAACGCCAGCAGGUACACCAUAUCGGACACCAUCGCGCACAUCGAGAAAAUCUCGACGAUCAGCAACACCUCCACGGGUUCCUUCCUCUUCGCCGCCGGCUUAUUCUGCUGAUAGGAUCGAGAAGAAGAAUAAGCGUGCUUCUAAAGAACCUGCCGUUGAUGAAAAUUUCGGUAUUUUAGACCCACGCCGGUUUACACCAACAUUACAUGCAAAUCUGGUAUCGGAGAUUCUCAACUUACGACGAGAUCAAGAGGAUAAAUUGAAAAUCAUCGAAAGUUUAGAAACGACACUGCAUGCUGUUCAUGAAGAAAAGGACGCCAUCCAAGCAAAUCUUACCGAGACGGCGAAAGAGUCACGUUCACUUAAACGACAACUAGCUUUGCUUGAAGGAGGGACAUCAUCAGCUUUAGGUGAACUAGGACGGGAGCGGGAGGAAGCUGUUGAGGCUGCUGCAGAGACGAAAAGACGACUUGAAACGGCGCAAAAGAAAGUCCGCACCCAGGAAGAAGACUCCCUGCGAGUCCAUGCUUUGUGGGCAAAGGAGAAGGAUGAUUGGGAGGAAGAGCGACGAAAGCUUGAGCGGAAACUACACGUCGCAGAAACUCGAUUAAAGGCUGUCAUCGAAGAGGUUGAAAACCUACAGGCUGCUCAGUCGAAUGUUGUUGAGAACGGAGUGGAAAGCGAGGCCGAAGAAAACGACGGCAACAGUGUCCGUACCCAGAGCAUAACGAAUAGUAUCCGAUUCUCAACGAUAAGUGGCCUCGGUGGUGGAAAAGUUAAUGGCAUGAGCCUAGCUGAUGAACUUAACUUUGAUGACGACGACGAUUAUCAAACGGACCCGGAUGGCCGCCAAAGUGUUCUUUCAACUGCGGGACAUGGUCGCAAUAUGAGUCGCGACAGUGUUGCGUCCAGAACUCAUCGACGCAAUCAUAGUAUCGAUAGCCAGGCUCGACCAGGUAGUGUGGCUCGUGGGAGGCUGUAUACGAAUCCCAGUGUACUAGCCAGACUUGAAGGCGAUAUCCAAGAAGACGACGAACUUCAGUCGCCUACGAAGUCGCCCGAAUACACAGACGCUGCUGUCCAGUAUUCGCCGCCACCUUCACCCAAGAUUAUCCCUUCUAAACCUUCUACGCCCGAGAUUCCAGUUAAGGUGGACGGCCCGUUCGAUCUAGAAAGUCCGCCGCGCGGUGAAAUGGAAAUCGAAGCAAACCAGCGUCGGAAGCGAGUUCGUAUCAACAGACCCGGCUCAAUGGUCACGCCUAAAAUCAUCACACAUUCAAUGGUGUCAUCUGCAUCGCAGACAGCCGAGCCUUUAAGCCCUCCCAGGACACCGCUCUCCCCGGUUCCAACAACAACUGAUACGCCGGCUCCGGAACCGGAUACUGAAAGUAUUGAAACAAAGUCGGUCGCAACACAAACUGAAAGUGCUCCGGAACCCAAGCCAGUUACCCCCUUAGCGAUCCCUAGUAUUAGCAUUGUCCCACCUACGAGCCGCUCGCCUAGUCCACACGACCAUCGCCUACCUCAGCAUUCCAAAGAUGCCGGCUGCCAAGUCUCCAUUUUGCAAUCUAUGAGCGCGGGAUAUCAGUCUGCUUCAGUCCAGACAGAUGAGAUUCGAGUUGACAAGAGGCUAGCCAAAUUGCCCCGACACCUGCAUCCCGACGCCAUUACUUCCCGACCAUCAUCACCUACCCCUAACAAUGAUACGGAGACGAAACCUUUCACGCCGGUCCCUGGCCACCUUCCACCGCGGAACCCUCGGCGGCUGGCAAGCAAAAGUAGUUUUGUAAACGAAUCAGCUCACUCGCCGCCAGUAUCGCCGUCGAUAGCUGAAUCAGAAACUCGAGACAUGUAUCCUGGGAACAAUGAUAAUGGACCGCUCUCGGACAAGGUGCCCAUGCGACGCCCUCCUCGCAUCAGCAGUCUGUUCGCUGGGUUUGAUAUAGCAAGCUCUGAUGAAGCAGAUGAGUUUGGGGAUGCAGAUUUCAGUGAUCAAGAGUAUCGGACAGCUCUUUCUGCACCUAGGCCUAAUGGAGUUUCCAGUCGACAAUCAAAGCGAACUACUCCUUCGGCGGGUUCAACAUCACCGGAAAACAUCAGAACAGCAGCACGAGACGCGCGGAGCUUUAUGAAACAGGCUGGAGGACCUGAGAUAUAUAGUAGCUUUAGCCUAGCUGAUUCGCGGGAUGUUACGCUCCGUAAAUCAUCGGCGCGACCACCGAAUCCAAGCUCGCGGGCGAGCGUCAUGCGAAAAGCUGCUAUGAUUCAGAAUGGUAUUUCCACACAUAAGGCCCGGUCACCCAGCCCUAGCCUCUUGGAACCCCGUGAGCCGCCAUUCCCCAUUCCCACGAGAGCAAGCUCGAGGCAGCCUGGUGUCACAGCUAGUGCUCCUAGCGAUGGGUCGCGUAGCCCGUCACACUAUGGGCAUGGCUGGUACCGACGUGGUAGGAAGGGCAGUAUCUACGGGAACAAUAGUAUUCGAAAGGUCCGUUCCGCUGCAGCUUUGCCCCGGGGCGGCGGUCGAUACCGCAGACAUGCUAGCCGCUCGCCGCCUCCGAUGACACCCUCUGAAGAAGCGCCUGAGAGCCCUCGGUUACCACCUAUGCCGAAUAAUGAUAUCACAACGCCGCGCAAUAGAGAUAUUGCAAUGGCGCGAUAUAAAUCGUCGCACAAGUCUCAACCGUCGACUAACACAGCCUAUACCGAAAAUACUACUGCUGUCUCUGUGGGUAGCUCACAGCAUGCCGCGUCGGUUGUAGAAGCAAUCGCUCAAGCCAUGGUUGGUGAAUGGAUGUUCAAAUAUGUUCGGAGACGCAAGUCUUUCGGGAUGGCUGAGGGUGGCGGAAGAGAGGAGAAUAGCAAUGACCGCCAUAAGCGAUGGGUAUGGCUGGCCCCGUAUGAACGAGCAAUUCUAUGGAGUAGCAAGCAGCCGAUUUCUGGUAGCGCGUUGAUGGGGAAGUCUGGCCGCAAACUUACCAUCCAGUCAGUCCUGGAUGUCAAGGACGAUAACCCGAUUCCAAAGGGUGAAACCCAGAUUUUCAACCGGUCUAUUCUCAUCCUCACACCACAGAGAGCCUUGAAGUUCACGGCUGUUUCCGCUGAACGUCACUACCUAUGGAUCAUGGCACUGUCCUUCCUAGCCCACUCACAGCAAGCCGUGCCCGAGAUAACGCCUUCGCUCGCUCCGCCUAAGCCAGCUCCGGCACCCGAUCCAGAAUUAUCGAAGCUUAAGACGAAGAGGAGUGGGAUCCGCGACUCUAUCCGUCUAACGAAAGGGAAGAACCCGAAUUUGAUGGCGCGCCAUGAUCAGAUUGCACAACCCAGCUUGCAGGAGGAACCAGAACCUGUGCCGACAUUCCCUGCACACAUCGACCAUGAAGCAUUCAGGUCAAUGUCUGCACACCAACGCGAGCUCUCCGGAGAUGCCGCCGAGCCACCGUUGAUCCCGCGGUUCAACGGUCGAGCCCCGGCACGCGUGCAUGAGCGCGCGGGCCAGGUGGUGCUCCACGGUAGAAAGAGGAGCAACACAGGCGGCCACGUCCCACCACCAGUGUCCUUCCGCGGGUUUUCUUCGCCCGUAGGGGGCAGCUCGAUGCACGCGUCUACCAACAGCACCGCAGGCGCCAGCAUCGACACUGCAGGGUCUUCAUCCGACGUCUACGGGCAGUCGAGCAACAUGACAUGGGGCGUGAGCACAAACGGCUCACAGCGGACGUCUGAAGCAUCCUCGCGGCCCGCAGGGAACUUCUUCGAGGCGAUUGGCACGGUGCGCAUGGAGGCCUUCAUUAACCCGAUCUCCUUCGGCGGUAAAUUCGACGACCACCCGGAUGAGACGGAAGAAAUGCGGCACCGGGUCCGACGACAGAGUAAAGAGCGGCGACGCCGGCGCAGCAGAAGUCGACAUCGCGAUAGUUAUAGCUAUUUGGCGCGCGGUACACGUGGUGCCGGAGGGUCGUAUCGUGCGGGCAGCAGGGCGGGAGGAGAGGAAGACUUCUUCCGCGAGGAUCCCUUCCGGGGAUUCUAAUCUGCUUCCUUCGUCGCAUAUCAUACCCACCUACAAAAUCGCUUUUUGAGCAUCUACUUAACGGCCUAUUUAUCGCACAACCGACAGAUACCCUCGUUUUUUAAAUCAUUUUUUGUUUGGCGGCGCUUGAUGAUUGCGUCCUGCCUAUCAUACCACCCAUUUCUGCACAAUCGUUCAUGGCCGGCUAGCUUUCUUUCUUCUGCUUGUACUUGGGCUUAUAUAGUAUUAGGAGUUUUUGGGUAGUGUGUCGCGAGCGAUGUGACUAGGAUCGAAAUCUGGAGAGAGAAAAGGGAGAGGGAAACAAAGAACCAAGGAAAUUCGCGGAAAUUUUACCUAAUAUAGUUAGGUAGUAUCAGGAACCUUGCUGUCACCUGGAUCCUGCUGUGAAAGGACGGCAAGGGAAAGGAGGGAAAAGAACUAGGUAUUAGUUACUUAAUAAUACGAACAGCUACUGUGGCUGGCGAUGAAAUAGAAAAUCUUCGGAGUGAGUGCGUCUUUGUGUCUGUGUAUGCCUAUUGUUCGAUGAACCUAUCGGUGAUGACCACAGGUGUUUCAUGAGAUAUAAUGCCUAUUAU